UUGUAUCAGCUUCAGAGCGGAUUGAACCGCCAAGUAAGUUACGUUUUGCAAUGUCACACUAAAGAAGUUUUAGACCAGUUUAUUUAUAGAAAACUGGAUUGGUGAGGGCACAGAGACAUAUGCCGCAGGAUAUAAGAUCUGAAAUGAAAGACUGUCGUGUUUUUUGAAGGGGAUACCGGGUGAUUUUUGAGCCGCUGGUAUUAUUACUGUAAAGCUAAUGUUGCACAGCGAAGCCAGAAGCCUCAUGUUUUCGUCAAGCCAAGAGGAGCACUGCGCCCCGUCCAAAGACCCAGUGAAAUACGGGGAACUCGUGGUGCUGGGGUACAAUGGAUCUCUGCCCAAUGGAGAUCGGGGUAGACGGAAAAGCAGAUUUGCGCUAUACAGGAGGACCAAAGCCAAUGGUGUUAAGCCAAGCACUGUGCACAUCCUCAACACACCCCAGGCCAGCAAGGCCGUGAACUGUAAAGGUCAACACAGUAUCUCCUACACACUGUCCCGAAACCAGACGGUAGUGGUGGAGUACUGCCAUGAUAAAGACACAGACAUGUUUCAGAUUGGGCGUUCCACUGAGAGUCCCAUAGACUUUGUGGUGACUGACACAAUAGCCGGAGGCCAGGAUGGAGAGGAGACUCCCAUCACGCAGAGCACCAUCUCCCGUUUUGCCUGCCGAGUUGUCUGUGAGCGAAACCCGCCCUACACUGCUCGCAUCUACGCGGCUGGUUUUGAUUCUUCCAAAAACAUCUUCCUCGGGGAAAAAGCCGCAAAGUGGAAGAACCCUGACGGUCACAUGGAUGGACUAACAACCAAUGGCGUGCUGGUAAUGCACCCUAAGGGUGGCUUCACGGAAGAGUCAAAGCCUGGCGUAUGGAGAGAGAUCUCUGUUUGUGGGGAUGUUUACACACUAAGAGAGACCCGCUCAGCACAGACCCCAGGCAAACUGGUGGAGAUUGAGAGUAAUAUACUUCAGGACGGCUCCCUGGUGGAUCUGUGUGGAGCCACUUUGCUGUGGCGUACUGCAGAAGGCCUCUUUCACACUCCCACCCAGAAGCAUCUGGAGGCUCUCAGGCAGGAGAUCAACGCAGCGCGGCCCCAGUGCCCCGUAGGUCUGAACACGCUCGCCUUCCCCAGCAUGCAACGUAGCCGAGCCCUCUCCUCUCUGGAGGACAAGCAGCCUUGGGUCUACUUGGCCUGUGGCCACGUGCACGGUUACCACAACUGGGGCCACCGUUCAGAGCAGGAGCCCAACACUCAGCGAGAGUGUCCCAUGUGCCGGGUGGUCGGGCCUUACGUACCACUGUGGCUGGGCUGUGAGCCAGCCUUCUACGUGGACACAGGUGCGCCCACGCAUGCCUUCGUGCCAUGUGGACACGUGUGUUCGGAGAAGUCGGUCAAGUACUGGGCCGAGAUCCCUCUGCCCCACGGCACCCACGCCUUCCACGCUGCCUGCCCUUUCUGUGCCACCGAGCUCGGCCUCACUCAGGGCUGUUCCAAGCUAAUCUUCCAGGGCCCGGUGGACUGAGCUGAAGGGUCCCACUCUGGCAGAGAAGAUUAGACAGGAAUGCCAACAUGCUGUGAAACUGUUCAGAUUAUUUUGUGCUGUCUUUUGUUCAUGUAAGCCAGCUGUGGAAAGGAGUGUCUUCUCAAGUUCUGGUCAUAUACUGUGGAUUCUGCACAACAGAGAGCUAUUACAGAUUGUUCAGGGCCUCUUGACACUGUUUGGAUGGCCACUAUGGGAUACAGAGAUGCGGAGCACACUGAACCACCGAUGCCUGGCUCCUCCAGAAUGAAAUACUGUCUCACCUACCGCUUUAAACAAGACUCCAGCGCUGGGCUGUUUUAAACUACAAUGACUGCUGGUUUUCCAUUAGAGGGCCAUAGAAUUUAAAGUUGUAGAAUUUUAUUCAUGAACCAGAUAACAGUUGUGUAGUUGGGUCUGUUGGGAAUGAAAAGGGGGGCGGGGGUUAUAGUUCAAUUCCUGGUGGGUCUGAGACAAAGUUUUUACAGAGCCAGACAGCUGGACUGUUGGCUGGGAGAAAAGCCAGGAGAAACUUGGGGUCUAAUGGCUGACUAGUUAAGUGCUCCCUGUCUCCCUCUCUUCCCUGAACCCCUGAUGGCAUCUAGAUCAUGUAGCUGUCCGGAUUUGGCUUUCAUUUGCUGAACACACUUUAAGGAGGGGGGAAAUACUUUUUGUGUAUAGAGAUAUAAUCCAGUGCCUCAAAUCCCAUUUAAACUGUGGGAAUAUUUUUCAUAAAUGAGAAAAGAUAUUUUGUUGAGGGCAAAGGGAGAGAGAUUUUUGCAUACAGAAGACAUAAGGAAAUGAUAGCCCACACGGAUUCUUCUCCACAUUUUUAUCUGAAGAAGUAUUUUAUUACACUGGGGCCCUUGUACUGUUUUGUAAUGUAAAUGUUAAUAUAUUUUUCUCCUGCAUAAAGUGUGUGUGUGUGUGUGUGUGUGUGCGCGCGUGCGGGCUUUGUUUAAAUCACCCUGCAUCAUUUCACCCCAAUCCCCUUUCUAUGAUCUCGCCCACCACCCAAAAAACGCUACCGGAGAGAACACAGGAAUUAAACCAAUAUCGCAGGGUUUGACAAUGAAUGUACUGAAAUACAUCGAAUCCUCACUGGUGGUGCUUCAAUUAUACAACUUUCUCAGUGGCUGUUAAAGGUAUAGGUAUGCCUAUUUGCAGUGAAAGACAACAUUGGAGCUGUACUACCAAUAUGCAUCAACCGUACCUGCUUCCUAGCUUGCUUGCUAGCUAGCUAGCUGUGUCCCUGCCCCACACACAUGUACUGUAUUCAAUCUGCACUGUUGUUAGCUUUAUCCCAUGCUGGGUCUGAUCCAAUGAUUUAUACGCUGUCAAACCUGGGCACAGUCUCAGCAGCAUCUAGAGAUUAUACCAAAUAUAAGAAGGAGCUGUUUUCUCUCCACAUGCAAGAUGUAACGACCACUCUCUCCAAUCCAAAGUGUUUCUGUAAACAAUCCUAAACCCAAACUGCUGCUAUGGUGGAGUGUUGACAGCUCUGGAUUACAGUCGAGGCUGUUCAGUUGCUCGCAACCAGCUCCAUGGGAAUAAUGAUAUUAUCGCACACCAUGCCAAAUUUGGAAAAUUCUAUUGUGUGUGUGUGUGUGUGUGUGGAUGAGUCAAGCUGUCCAAAACAAAGUAGCAGAUGAAUUGAAACUAAAGAAUCUGGGACGAAUCUGUACUUUCUUCUGUGAUGUUAGCUUAUCAGACUGUGCCCAUAUGUAGAGUGUAGCUGAAGGCAUUAAUUCUGCCACUAAUUCAAAUACGAUAUUGAGCAUUAAAAUAACGAGAUGUUGAGGGUUAACUGUCCUAUUGUAGCCUUCAAAUUUACUUCCACAUUGCAUUAGGAUGAAAUACAAUCCAGGGGUGUAGCUGAGGGGCAAAAUCCACCUUGAUUAAGGGCUCCUGGACUUGACACAAACAAAAGACAAGAUCUCAACCACAGUGGUGGACUGCCUGAGUAUUUUUCUUUUUUGGUUCUCCAGACAAACAUACCUGGCAUUCUUAAAAGUAUAUGCAGCAUUACGCUUCACUCAGACCACAGAGCAUUUCUGAAUGGCUCGAUUUCUUCAGAUUUUAUGUAACUGCCAAGCAGGGUGAAGUAUUAAGCCAUGUACUGUACAGUAGCAUUCCUUUCCAACACUUUCAGCUCAAACACUGUGCCCAUUGCUUAAGACCGUGUUCUGUAACAGCUGCAGAGUAGCUGCCUCAAACAUUCCUCCUUGGUAAACAUGGGUGGGGCCCUCAGUUCACCCAAGGGCUUGUUCUAUGAUUUUUGUCUCCAACAGGAACUCUGUACACAAGCCAUAGAACGCACUGAUGCUCCCAAUGCCUCCUUUGCAAAUAAUAAAAUAUUUAAAAAAAAUAA